AUGGAUGCUCUAGAGGAGGUGGCCGGAGAUCCCAACUGCACCAACCAGGAUCUCUCCCACAUCGUCAAGGGCAAACGAACCAAACGCUCAAGAUCAAGGCCACAUUCUCCGAUCUCUUUCACCAUGAUCACGGACACGACACCACCGCAUUCUUCCACCACCUCUGAACCAAUUCCCGCCGCGCCUACGCCGGAGGACGAGGACAUGGCUCGCUGCCUUAUGCUCCUCUCCCAAGGCGGAGGAGUCUCGCGUCAUCCUCCUGCCAUCCCCAAGUCGCUGCUGUACAAGGAGGAGGAGAGCGGCGGCGGGAGCAAAUUCUGCAGCAAGAAAUAUAUAGAGACGACCACCGUGGGCGGCGGGGGAGGGGUGAAAGUAGGGAUGUAUGUCUACGAAUGUAAAACGUGUGGCCGCACGUUUCCGACGUUUCAAGCGCUGGGCGGCCACCGGACCAGCCACACCAAGGAGAAGCCACCGUUGACGACGGUGGAAACCGCCGCCGUGAAGAGGCCGCUGUCCUUGUACGAUGAAGAAGACAUUAAUCCUUAUCCGUUCAACAAGACCCCUAAAAUCUCUCCCCCUUUCUCUUCCCUCCAUUUCUACGAUUCCGCCAAGUCCUCCCCCAGGAUUCACGAGUGCUCCUACUGCGGCGCCGAAUUCUCGUCCGGCCAGGCGUUGGGCGGCCACAUGAGACGCCACCGUAACUCCACCGCCGCCGCCUCCGCCUCGCAGUUGAGCCCGAGCUCUUCCAGCUUCGAGAAAAGGGUACUCCAAAAGGAAGAAAAUAAUGGGAAAGGUUUGAAUUUGGAUCUCAACCUCCUCCCCGCCGGAGAAGAUAAUCAAGAUCAUCGUCGUGCUAGGGAGCUGCCGGAAAAUCAAGAACAACAACCGCCGCAACUUUCUAGAGUGUCGUUCUUGACAGAUUUCGGCACUCCGGUGCAGAGACUCGCGUUCCAAUUCGCCAAAGACCUAACGAAGAGGAUAUAG